AUGGAACCCUCACCAAUGGAUCCGGAGGUAGCGACUGAUAGAUCGCGUAUUGCUAUCCUCGGUGCAGGAAGUGUGGGUUCGGCAAUAGCACUUUGCCUCAUCUUGAAUCCUGUUGCAAGCGAGGUUCUUCUGGUCGACCCGAACACUAAGCAGCGAGACGCGCAAGUUAAAGACCUCGAGGAUACCACCACUUACCAUGGUGCCGUUGGAGGCGGCGGAGUCAGGAUUCGAGGCGCAACUCACAAGGAGGCUGGACAAUGCGACAUCGUCGUCAUCAGUGCUGGUGCAAAACAGAGACAAGGCGAAUCAAGGACCGAUCUACUGGGUCGUAACUUGGCGAUCCUGAAGUCUGCUACAGAUGAUAUGAAACCGUUCCGCGAGGACACCGUCAUUCUACUUGUAGCCAAUCCUGUGGAUGUAUUGACCUACUUUUGCCAGAAGUAUUCUGGGUUACCUCAAGGCCAGAUUAUCGGAAGUGGGACCUUCCUCGACAGUGCGAGACUGAGAGGCAUCCUGGCCGCAAAGCUUGGUGUGGACGCUGGCAGUGUGGAUGCUUACGUGCUUGGUGAGCAUGGCGAAUCUCAGAUGGUUGCUUGGUCUUGCGUCACCAUCGGUGCCGUACCAUUGGAUCAAUGUCUAUUGCCGGGAACGUCCAUUGACCGCAAAGCUGUUGCGCUGGAAACAAAAGACAAAGCGGCAAAUAUCAUCGAAGCCAAAGGAGCUACAGCCUACGGUAUUGGCGCCCUGAGUGCUGCGAUCUGCAAGUCGAUUUUGUUUGACCAACGAAAUGUUCGUCCGAUUUCUCACUGGGUUGACGACCUCGGAUGUUGCUUGAGUUUACCAGUAGUACUUGGACGACGGGGAAUAGUAAGAUCACUUAACAUACCACUGAACCAAGAGGAGAGAGCUCUUUUACUCAAGAGUGCCGACACCUUGAGAAAGCUUAUUCAAGAAGCAGAACAGACUCAGAAGUAG